UGGUUUCAUGGCUCCAGGAUGGAGGGGUUCCUGUCCACGUUUCCACCAUACAACGUCUGCGGAAACCCGGUCUGCGCUCCCCCGGCUCAGGGCAGCAGCUGGGGAAAGCGAGAAGGCCGCUUCAUGACCCCCCAAGGCCUCAACUACCUGGAGCUCUGCAAGGCCAUCCUGUCCCAAGUCAACCCCAGUUUACCCCCUCCACUCAAGAAAGCUAACACGAGAGACUAUGGCGUGCAGGUGAACGCCAAAGUGGAUAAAAUCGUCCAGUGCUCGCUGGGUCCCAAGACGCUGUUCGGCCUGGAAAGCGACCGUCCUGUCCCCCCCCAAAGCCCGGAUCUGUUCAGGCCGGGCGGGAAGCCGCUGUACAACACACCGCCGCUGAGCAACCUGCGCUUCCUGAGGCCCGUCUCCAUCUACUCACCGGUGUUUGACCGCAGGAUCUUCCUGAGACAACUCGACGACGACGACGGGGGAAGUGAAGGAGAAGCUGCGCAAGCUGAGAAAGAUGCUGAGGCGGAUCAGAGCAGCGAGGACACAGUAAAGGACUUUAAGACAACUUUCCGCCAGUGUUCAAGGGGCUCCAACUUUCAGUUCCUGGAGCAGAGAUAUGGUUUUUUCCACUGCAAAAAGUGCAACAUCCGGUGGGAGAGUGCUUACGUGUGGUGCAUCUCUGGAACCAGUAAGGUGUACUACAAGCAGCUCUGCCGAAAGUGUCAGGUGGGAUUUAACCCCUACAGAGUGGAGCCAAUCCUGUGCAAGGGUUGCUCUCAGACCUGCUGUACCUGUGAGAAGAAGCAGAGGCACAUUAACAUGAAGAGGCCUCACCGUCAGGACCUGUGUUGUCGCUGCAAGGGCAUGAGGCUGUCCUGCGACGCCACCUACAGCUUCAAAUACAUUGUCUGAGCUCCCUGCGGUGCUCGUUUUCGUCUGGUUGUGUAGAUCUGAUGGCAUUUGUUACCAAGGUUGAGGCCACGUCACUGUGUCGGCCGACAUGUAGUGCCUGUACAUGUCAUGAAUGAAAGUUGCCUCCAGUAACGGACUUGAAAAGAUUCACUUAUUCUCCAACCAGCGAGAAGCUGAAUCUCUGGCAGUUUGAGGAAAACAUCUCAGAAGGGGCUGUCUUUGUUUCCCUCCAUUAAUCCUGGAGCUCAACUAAACAUGAAAACAAUUUUUGC